GUGUAUUAUGUGCUGCUCUCAGGGCAGGAGUACUCAUUCAUAUUACUGUUAUUUUACUCAACUAUGCGCUGCUCUCAGGGAAGGAGUACUCAAUAUUCAUAUUACUGUUAUUUUUUAGUGUAUUAUGUGCUGCUCUCAGGGCUUCAAUACUCAAUAGAUUCAUAUUACUGUGUUAUUUUAGUGUAUUAUAUGCUGCUCUCUGCAAAUGUAGUACUGAGUAGUGCUAGUGCUUUUAUAACCAUUUUAUUUGUUGUUUUUUUUCUAGGCAAAUGGAGAAUAUUUGGCUUGAGGGGAUAAGGCGAAAGUUAAAGAAAGUAAGGGAUGCUAGAGUCAUUCAAGAGGUCAUACCUUUUUCUGGCGAGGAGACUGAUUUCAUGAAGGGUUACAUUAAGAAACUGGAGGAGGAAACCAAAAGCACCUUCAAGUCCCCUGUGUCUACUCAUAAAGACUACUUUUACUUUUCAUGUGAAAGAUCGACCAAAGCAAGUGGGAAAAGCAAAGGAGAACCUACAAAGACAAGAGCUAAUUCCUGCAAAGCUUAUGUGUCAUUUAAAAUAAUCAAAGAUGGUAGUUUUACAGGUGCUGUGGUCAACAAAAUGCUUCAACACAACGGACAUGAUGUGUGCAUGAAAGAAGAGGGCAUAAAAAAUCUCAUUGAUCCAGAGUUAUUGACCUUCAUUGAAAUGUGGCUUGGUCAAGGACUGUCAAUUUCAGAAACACUUUUAAAAUCCGUGGACUGGGCAGAACGUCAUGGACAUAUGGACAAAUAUAAUCGGCGAUAUUACGUUACACCUGAAGAUAUACGAUUGAUCAAGAAGACCAAUAAUGCUCUUAGUUUUCCUGAUGCGAAAGACUGCAUUAGUGUGGACAAGCUGAUCACAUCGGAGCUGCAGGAACACAUUUGUUACUACCAGCCUUUGAGUGAAAAUCAACCACUUAUAAUUGUAGUGCAGACACCCUGGCAAAAGGAUAUACUUAGAGAACAUCCCCAUACCAUGGUAUUCAUGGACGCUACUUACAAAGCCAUGACAUCAUAUGGUUAUGCAUUUUAUGCUCUUCUUUUGACCAACAGUAUUGGAAGAGCAGUCCCAUUUGCUUACUUUAUUAUUAGUGAGGAAUCAGCGGACAUACUUGCUCUCUGCUUGGAAAAGCUCGCAAAUCACAACCCUGGAUUUCUUCCCAGGUCGAUAAUGAUUGACCGUGACCUUAAGGAACUCAAUGCCAUAAGAAGAGUUUUUCCAACAGCCAAGGUUCUUCUUUGCUGGUUUCAUGUACUCCAGGCUGUACAUAGGUGGAUGGUUAAAAGAGAUGGAGGAAACUUGCCAGUGAAUCAGCGGAAUCUUGUGAUUCAAGCAAUGGUUGGAAUGAAAUCCUGUUUAACGGAAGAAGAGUUCAACAGCAUGUCAUCCAGAAAGUGUGAAGAGCUUGAUACAUGUCUUGGUAGUUCUCAUGUAUCAACCUACCUCAAGAAUCAGUGGAUUUGUUUUGGUGAUUUAUGGUCCAAUUUUGGCAGGUCAUUUUAUCACCAUAACAGCGAAACCAACAACAAGGCAGAGAGAUUUUUUCUUACAAUGAAGUACCAGUUCCUUAAGGGAAGAAUGAAUAGCAGGAUUGAUCAGCUUCUUCGCUUACUGUGUGGAGAUGUCCAAAAAUAUUACAGUUACCUGGAUGACCUCACAGAAACUGGACGAAUCAAAGGAGCAAACACUGAAGAGACCACUAAUGCCGCCCAUUCUAUGAUUGCAAAAGGCCUGGGUGCAAAAGUGGAAAUAAAAAAUGGAGUGUGUUUGGUUCCACCCGACACAAGCACACAAUGUCACAGUGUGGACUUGGUCAUGCACAAAUGCGAUUGCAAAAGAUUCCAAUGUGGAUGUGUGUGUAAACACUUAAUUUUUUCACAAAACAUUGCAGAGAAACAAGGACUUAUAAUUCGAGAUCUUAGGGCAGAAGCAGCAAAAAAAAUUGUUGACAGUGAAUCUUACCUCAGGGUCGAUGAAAACCUUACUGUCUACCACUCUGAUGGCAGUGUAGAAACUGUGAGUUGUAAAGGGACCAAAUUUUGCACAUGCAUUGCAAAUAGCCAUGGAGUGGUGUGUGUAUGUAUAUUGGUUCACAACAUUCUAUACCCAACAUCAUCUGAGAACAUACCUGAUGAUUCACACUGCUUUAGGUCCAGUGAGAGAAAACAAGUUACACUGCAAGCCAUGCUUACAGAUCUCCAUGAGUGGAGCAAAUCAGAAAAAUUUUGUGAGGGUAAUGAAGUGUACAGGUUAGUUGAAAGAGCACACAAGUUAGUUUUUUCACAGUUUAGUAAACUGUCAAGAAAAAGAAAAGUGACUGCACUUCAUAGUUAUCGUAAAAGGAUCAAAAAAGCAAAAGAUGUAGUCACUGUACCCUACAUGGUCAAAAAGAAGAAAAAACGUGUUUGAUCUUGUAGAGAUAAGAAAUGUUUCAUUGAUGAAACAAUCACUAUUUGCUUUGCCUAGCGAGAAUGUUUUUUUGUUUGUUUGUUUGUUUUUUCCUCUUGCUGCUACUGUCUUUUUUCAAUGAGUGUUGUACAGAUACUUUGUAUAAGAACAAAUUGAAGGAACAGAUAUGAAUUGUAAGUAA